CCACCACCACCGCCACCACCACCGCCACCACCACCGCCACCACCACCACCACCGCCACCACCGCCACCACCACCGCCACCACCGCCACCACAACCACCACCGCCACCACCACCGCCACCACCACCGCCACCACCGCCACCACCACCACCGCCACCACCACCACUACAGCCACCACCACCGCCACCACCGCCACCACCGCCACCACCGCCACCAUCGCCACCACCGCCACCACCACCACAACCGCCAUCACCACCACAACCGCCACCACCGCCACCACCGCCACCACCACCACCACCACCGCCACCACCACCACCGCCACCACCACCACCGCCACCGCCACCACCACCGCCGCCACCACCACCACCGCCACCACAACCACCACCACCGCCACCACCACCACCACCGCCACCACCACCACCACCACCGCCACCACCGCCACCACAACCACCAGCACCGCCACCACCACCGCCACCACCACCACCACCACCGCCACCACCGCCACCACAACCACCAGCACCGCCACCACCACCGCCACCACCACCACCACCACCGCCACCACCGCCACCACAACCACCACCACCGCCACCACCGCCACCACCGCCACCACCGCCACCACAACCGCCACCACCGCCACCACCGCCACCACCGCCACCACAACCACCACCACCGCCACCACCGCCACCACAACCACCACCACCGCCACCACCACCACCGCCACCACCGCCACCACCGCCACCACAACCACCACCACCGCCACCACCACCACCGCCACCACCGCCACCACCGCCACCACAACCACCACCACCGCCACCACCGCCACCACCGCCACCACAACCACCACCACCGCCACCACCACCACCACCGCCACCACAACCACCACCACCACCA